CUUUCCUGACCCUUUCCCACAUUCCCACCUCAAUACUUUAUUCUUCUCUUUGUUGCUCUUGCCGCCUUCUCAACCCUAUACCUAUUAAUCCCCACUCUGACCAGACGAGACCAGACUAGACCAUGGCAUCAACACCCACACCCGACCAGAUCCCUAUCGAAGAGCAGCCCGUGCUCGAGGCCCUGGUCUCUAUCAAACACCGACUGACGGCGAUCAAGAAGGACCGCUCGCGCUUCAUAAAGACAUCGACCGUCAUUGGGCUCUACGAGGAGCUAUCGGUCCAAUUGCUCAGGCUAGAGGAAAUCCGCGGCGCAGGCAACUCGACCAUUUGGGGAUUCAGAAAUAAUGUCAACAGUGUUCUGGACGAUGUCUUUGUGAUCCUUUCGUUGUGCUUCAUGGCUAUUGGAAAGACAAAGGAGAGCCCUGCGACCUAUGUACAGUUGCUCACCAUCAAGCAAUGCUUAACGGGUCUUCAAGAAUCAGGAAUAUACGCCGCCGAGGAUCUGAAGCAAUAUGAGGACCGAUUGAAGGAGUUGGAGGCGUUUAUUCGCGUGGAUGAGGCCAAGGCAUCGAUACCCGAUAUCCAAACCAGGAUCCUUCGACGCAAACUCGAUUUCAACAACAACUUGCUGAAGGAGCUACAGGAGACGUGCAAAUCCAUCUCUCCCGAACUCUCGCCCAUCCACCGACGUCUUGUUCAGCUCAAGAUCGAGCUCGACACCCUCGCCUCAAAACCAACCUGGGACUCCUCGGACGUAUACCACGUCCAAGAAGAACUGCGCGAGAUCGAGGCCAAGCGUGUGGAUGGCAAGUUUAUGGACGGGGAGGGCCGAGUCGUGAGUGGACAGGCGGCCGUGAUCGGGUUGUUGGAGGAUUGCUAUGAUGACUGUCAUAAUUUGUUGGCGACCAAGGAGAGGGUCCCAAAGGCGCUGCAGGAUAUCUACCAGAGGCUUCAGGCGAUCAAGGCGGAUCUGGAGAGAUUGGUGCUGACACAGCGUUGGACACUGAGGGAGACGGAUCUGUGGCAGUAUGAGAUUCAGUUGAAUGAGAUCAGUGUGUUGAGAAAGAACGGGAAGUUUGUGGAUUCGGAAGGCAAUGUCGAGGAGGGCCAGGCGCUGCUGAACUUCAUGCUGCACAAGUGCUACCGCCUGAUCUAUGUGCUUUUGUCAGCGUCUGAGCCCAUCGCAGAGGCAUUAAUGCCGAUCCAUAACCAGUUGCUAACCGUCCGCCGGUGCUUGCUCGAGGUCAAAAAGUGGGGCGGUGAUUUUACAGUCCGCGACCUGUACCCUUACCAGAUGAAGUUGGCGUCCAUGGACAAUAUGCGCGUGGACGGCAAGUUCUUGGACAAAGACAAGGAAAUACCGGAGGGCCAAGGUAUUUGUAACUCGUUGUUGAGCGAAUGUUACGAUAUCCUGUACGAGCUGAAGGAUUCUGUGACGGAUGAGUUAUCCGAUGAGGAGGAUGAGGAUGAGGAUGAGGAUGAACAGAGGGAUGGACUUCGGGGAUCGAAGGGUUUGGAUGUGGUCGCUUAGAGAGUUAUACAAAAGGCGGAAGUUUUGACUCCUGUC